CAUGACAAGUAUAAUCAAAGUAACGCCGCUACUCGGCGCCCUGGACACCGGUACAGCUAUCUGUUACCUCCUAAAAGUAGAUCAGUUCACCCUCCUGCUAGACUGUGGACUGGAUGUUACCAAACUCUCAGAGUUCACAGCCCGGAUCAUGCAGCACAUCAACAAUAUCGACGCUGUUCUGGUGUCGUACCCUGAUGUGGAUCAUAUCGGUGCACUCCCCUACUUGUACGGGACGCUGGGGUUAGACUGUCCGAUUUACGGGACAGUUCCUGUGCAUAAUAUGGGACAAAUGUUCCUGUAUGAUUAUUAUCAAUCGAAGAACAGCAGCGAGGAUUUCAAUAUCUUCACCCUUGAUCACGUAGACAAUGUUUUUGAUCAUUUCCAACAGAUGAAGUACAGUCAGACUUUCACCAUCUGUCCAGGUAUUGCUAUCACACCGUACGCUGCCGGUCACAUGAUUGGUGGUACUAUGUGGAAAAUUUUGAAGGACGACGAGGAAGAUAUAGUCUACGCAGUAGACUUCAACCACAAGAAAGAGAGGCAUCUCAACGGAGCCCUUUUCAACAACAUUAUCAGACCCAGUUUAUUAAUAACUGAUGCGUACAACGCUACAUUUGAGUACAAGAAACGGAGAAAACGAGAUCAGGAACUUAUAUCCACAAUCCUGGAGACAGUGCGUCAGGACGGUAACGUUAUAAUAGUGGUUGACACAGCGGGCCGAGUCUUGGAGCUGAUGCAGCUGUUGGAGCAGCUGUGGCGUAACGCGGAAUCCGGCCUGUCCGCGUACAGUCUCGCGCUGCUAAACCACGUGGGGUAUAACGUGGUGGAUUUCGCUAAGAACAUGUUGGAGUGGAUGUCAGAUACGGUCACUAAACAGUUCGAGGAACAAAGAAGUUACCCGUUCCACUUCAAACAUCUGAACCUGUGUCACAGUCUCCAGGAACUGGAGAAGAUCCCCUCUCCUUACGUGCUGCUCACCAGCAUGGCCGACCUCAGUUGUGGUUUUGCCAGGAAUCUACUAGCAGUGAGCGCAGAAUCAAAAGAGAACUGUAUAAUUGUUACGCAGCGCACUAAACCUGAUACCUUAGCUUCCAGGCUCCUUAGUAACACUAUCAACAACACCAUAGACAUCACUAUUGGAAAGCGUGUACCUUUGGAAGGAAAAGAGCUGGAAGAUCAUUUUGCUUCUAUUGCUAAAAAGCAACAGGAGUCAGAGAAGAUGGAGGUAGUAGAAGAGGGCGAAGAAACGGAUGAGGAGCAGGAGGAUGACCAGGUCCUGGUGCAAAGACACGACGUUCCAAUACCAGAGGAAACACACAGCAAGAAGAGCUUCUUCAAACAGCACAAGGUGUAUCCCAUGUUCCCGUUCCACGAGGAAAAGUUAAAAUGGGACGAAUAUGGAGAAUUCAUCAAACACGAACACUUCAGAAUUGAAGAGGAACCGAUGAAAGAAGAAGAGAUGGAAACUGAGAAGGCAAAACCAGUCCCAGCAGUCCCAGCUGCAAGAGAAAUACCAACGAAGUGUGUCACGUCUCGUAUUAAAACUCAGGUUAACUGCAAAGUUAAAUUCAUCGACUUCGAGGGAAGAUCUGACGGUGAAUCUAUCAAGAGGAUUUUAGCGGCAGUAUUAAAACCGAGGCAGAUGGUGAUAGUUCAUGGAACUCCCGACUCUUCAAGACAUCUGGCAGAGUUUUGUCGAGAUAGCAAAGACAUGGGAGUAUCUCAGAUAUUUGUCCCUGGAAUUGGGGAGACAGUGGAUGCUACUAGUGAGAGGCAUAUUUAUCAGGUGAAACUGAAAGAUGCGCUAGUGACAGCCGCCAAGUUCUCCAGAGCAAACGACGCGGAGUUAGCUUGGAUUGACGCUGUUAUUGAUGUUCAGUUAAAUGCGGAGAAGGAGGAGGUUGCUAUGUUAGAACCACUAACAAACAAGCCAAGUCAUGUCCCAGUUUUCAUCAACGAGCCCAGACUUUCGAACCUGAGACAAACUCUGAUAAAGAGUGGUAUUCAGGCUGAAUUUAACGGUGGAGUGCUCGUUUGCAACAACAAGGUUGCAAUCAGACGUAACGCUAGCGGAACUAUACAGAUUGAAGGGACAGUAUGUGACGAUUACUACAAAAUACGCUCACUCCUCUACAGUAUGUACGCUAUCAUCUGAACAGACAGCGCGGAUAGUUGUCAUGGUAACGCCCGCACAGACAACCUCUCCCGCACAAUUUGUUUAAUAUCCCAACUGCACUUGAUAGAAUCAAGAUUGGUAUUGCUCCGGACUCCAGAUAAUGUUAUCGAAUAGACGUUAAAACGAAACUAAAUUUUGUAAGCAAAAUCCCACUUGAAAGGACUUUUUAUUUACACAGUAUAUUAUUCUACUAGAUAUUUGACUGACAGAUUAUAUUUAUUAUUUACCCUUUAAGGUGCUGAAUACCUUCAUUUUUGGAAUUUGAACGUUAUUUGAUGACAUCGUUUAUUUAUUACAUUCACUUCCCUGUAACAGGCUGACUUUUAAUAUUAACGUUCUUAAUGCUGAUUAUUUUACUCGGAUUUCUACUUAAUAAAUAAUUAUAUGAACAACUGAUAUGUCUUAUAUCAUUUCCAAAAUUUCUGCACACUUUCAAAUA